UUCUGCUUCCAAGUUAAAGAAAAUCCAUUCACAUUUUAAUACAAUUCUGUCUGAGGCGGUAUCUGCCGCUCUGCACUGCAGAUACAUUUAGCAGGAUACAUUUACACUGCCUGUGGUUAAAGGUUAUAGCACAGAUACAGACAGCUGAUCAUGCAUUCUUCCACAAGCCUGCCGGCACCGUUUAGGAUUCUGAAAAAUAAUCUAGAAACGCUAUACCCUUUAUCAGAAUUAUUCUUUACUUUGCAAUAGCUUAACAGAUUUUUUUUUUUUUUUUUGCUAGCAAUUCUAUGAAAUUAACAAUCUAUAAAAUGCAUCCCGGACCAGAUACAUACUGUAUUGAAAGCUUUCUUCAGGAAGAGGACAUGACAGUAUUCAUUCCAGCUUAUUUUCUUCCUUAGCAAAAGGAUUGUUUGAUUCUCAGGAGCAGAAGGAUACAUUCAUUGUGGAGCAGCUCUGCUUAAAUUUGAACCAAGACUCUGAGGCUGAUAUGCAAUGUCACUUACAACAUUAAUCAGAUACUGCGUUUAAGGUGAGCUGUCCCUUGCCUCCUCCUUCCCCAGUGCUCGUGUGUGCUGCAUGCAGUGCGGAUCUUGCUUCUGCGAGCCUAAGAUGGCAGGCAGGAUUAGUCGUGCUUGUGCUGGGUGUGCAUGCUGUGUAUAGAAUUCAUUACACGUUUUCUAGUAUUUCAGAUGUGAGUAUGUAAAUGCUCUGUGUGCCCUAUCAUCUGGUAGCGAAGACUUGUUUUUCCUCAUUACAGCCUUAGCUAUUUCAGCAUCACUUUUCAUUUCCGAAUCAUUUGCUUCCGGAUGUUUGCUUUUCAUCACAUUCAAAAUACAAUUUUACCUUUCUUUUUUUUUCAAACAAAGCCAAACCUCCCCAGAAAACCCUAAAAACAACAACAACAACAAAACUCUGCUACCAGAUGGUGUCUCUCCUUUCUUCAUGCAUUUGCUAUCUUUUAAAUAAUGUAUGUUGUAUUGUUAAUUAAUGUGAAUAUCAAAUUAAACACUUGAAACUUACAUGUUUAUUAUGCAGGUAGGAGGCAAGGUGGAUUCUAUUUUUAACUCUUACGCACCGCAUCGUGUGCAAGCAACUUGGGUUCUCAAAUUUGUAUUUUCAGUGCUGGUAUCAGUGGUUUGAUUUUCAGCAAAUGUGACAGUGGCCUUUGCAGUGGUCAGCUCCGAGCUUUGAACUCUCUGAGGAGGAAGGGGAAAAAAAUUCAACACACCACCUCCUUGGUUGCAGCCUCAGAGGAACCUUGGAUGAGAAACUUCUUUUUUCAAUCCUAUUUUCCUGUUGAUAAAUUCAGUUCUCGUGAUCACAGUACAUUCAAGCUGUUCUGCAUAUGAUUUUUGUGUGUAUGUGACAAUUGCAUCUAAAACUUGUGAGCAAGAAGACAGAGAAAUCAGUUGGUCUCCAUCGUUUUACGUAAAAAUGGCUGAGUGUCUUGUCAUGCUAACACUGCAUUAAGUGAUGCAUACAGAUCUUGAUGUGGAGGAGAUGGAGGAUUCAGAACCAAGGAUUUCCAAGUGAUUUCUUCCAGAGCGCAGGAAACUAACUCGGUUAAGGCUGGUCUGUUCUAACUGAGAUGACAGUCAUGUCCCUUUCCAGGGACCUCAAGGACGACUUUCACAGUGACACGGUGCUCUCCAUCUUAAAUGAGCAGCGCAUUCGGGGCAUUUUAUGCGAUGUCACUAUCAUUGUGGAAGAUACCAAAUUUAAGGCCCACAGCAAUGUCCUGGCAGCCUCAAGCCUUUAUUUCAAAAAUAUCUUUUGGAGCCAUACAAUCUGUAUUUCCAGCCACGUCCUGGAGCUGGACGAUCUCAAAGCUGAAGUGUUUACAGAAAUACUUAAUUAUAUCUACAGCUCCACAGUUGUCGUCAAGAGGCAGGAAACUGUCACUGAUCUUGCAGCUGCUGGAAAAAAGCUGGGAAUAUCAUUCUUGGAAGAUCUCACCGAUCGCAACUUCCCGAAUUCCCCCGGUCCCUACGUCUUUUGCAUUACUGAAAAGGGAGUGGUUAAAGAAGAAAAAAAUGAAAAAAGGCAUGAAGAACCAGCCAUCACUAAUGGGCCAAGGAUCACAAAUGCGUUUUCCAUCAUUGAAACAGAAAAUAGUAAUAGCAUGUUUUCUCCACUGGACUUGAGGGCCAGUUUCAAAAAGGUCUCUGACUCCAUGAGAACAGCAGGCCUUUGCCUGGAGAGGACAGACGUGUGUCACGAGGCAGAGCCUGUCCGCACGCUCGCUGAACACUCGUAUGCUGUUUCCUCCGCAGCCGAGGCUUACCGAAGUCAGCCUGCAUGUGAGCAUGACAGCAGUUCACCUGGCAAAACAGGUAAAGAAAAUGGCGAGGUUCUUGCAGCAAAACCGAAAGCAUGCCGAAAGCCAAAGACAUUCUCCAUCCCUCAGGAUUCUGAUUCAACUGCAGAAAACGUACCACCCCCUCCAGUCACCAACUUAGAGAUGAAUCAGGAAAGAAGUCCACAGCCAGCUGCAAAUCUUUCUCGUUCAAAAUCUCCCAACAAGGAAGGCGAUGUCCAUUUUCCUAGGGAAGAUGAAAACCAAUCCUCUGACGUGUCCGGGCCGCCCGCCGCAGAAGUUCCACCCCUGGUGUACAACUGUAGCUGCUGUUCCAAAUCCUUUGACAGCAGCACUCUGCUCAGUGCCCACAUGCAGCUUCACAAGCCAACGCAGGAGCCUUUAGUGUGCAAGUAUUGCAACAAACAGUUCACCACCCUGAACAGAUUGGAUCGACAUGAACAGAUCUGUAUGAGGUCGAGCCACAUGCCCAUUCCUGGAGGAAACCAGCGCUUUUUAGAGAACUACCCGACCAUUGGACAGAAUGGAAGUUCAUUCCCAGGUCCAGAACCUUUAUUAUCUGAAAAUAGGAUUGGUGAGUUUUCCAGUACUGGAAGUACUCUGCCAGACACGGACCACAUGGUUAAGUUUGUCAAUGGGCAGAUGCUCUACAGUUGCGUCGUGUGCAAACGUAGUUAUGUGACUUUAUCCAGCCUCCGAAGACAUGCAAACGUUCACUCGUGGAGAAGAACGUAUCCUUGCCAUUACUGCAACAAAGUGUUUGCAUUGGCUGAGUACAGGACAAGACAUGAAAUUUGGCAUACGGGAGAGAGGCGGUAUCAGUGCAUUUUCUGCCUUGAAACGUUCAUGACCUAUUAUAUACUCAAAAACCAUCAGAAGUCUUUCCACGCCAUCGAUCAUAGGCUUUCCAUCAGCAAAAAAACAGCAAAUGGAGGCUUGAAGCCUAGUGUCUACCCAUAUAAACUCUACAGGCUGCUGCCUAUGAAAUGCAAGAGAGCGCCUUAUAAGAGCUACCGAAAUUCUUCCUAUGACAGUGCUCGAGAAGGCAGUCAAAUAAAUGAGUCUGCACCUGGUACCUACGUUGUUCAGAAUGCACACAGCUCCGAGUUACCUACCCUGAGUUUCCAGCAGAGUGUAAAUAGCUUGACCAAUGGUCCAGCCAUCCCUUUGGAAACAUCUGCGCGUCAGGACAGACCCACUUCUGCCAAUGUUCAAACUGCAGAGGGCACCAAGUGGGGAGAAGAGACGUUGAAAGUUGAUCUUGACAAUAACUUUUAUUCCGCUGAGGUGUCUGUGUCUUCCACUGAAAAUGCUGUCAGUUCUGACCUCCAGGCAAGGGAUGGGCCUGCCUUGUCUUUGAGUAACGGCGGUGAGAAGGCGGCCUCCGUGAUCAGCUACGGUGGCCCUGCGCCCUCGGUCAUCGUGCACAGCAGCCAGUUUUCCUCGGUGAUCAUGCACAGCAAUGCCGUUGCUGCCAUGACCAGCGUCAGCCACAGAGCCCUCUCGGACCCGGCCGUCAGUCAGCCCCUGAAGGAUGACAGUAAACCCGAGCCAGAUAAAGUGGGCAGAUUCUCAAGCAGACCCAAAAGCAUUAAGGAGAAAAAGAAAACGAUACUGCAUAACUGGGGAGAAAUACCGGAGGAGUCAAAAUACGUCGCUGAGUCCGGAGGGUCGCUGAGCAAAGCCACAAACGUGGCUGAAGAAACCAGUAAAAUUGAAACCUACAUUGCGAAGCCUGCCCUGCCUGGAACCUCCACCAACAGCAACGUCGCACCCCUUUGCCAAAUCACGGUGAAAAUUGGGAACGAAGCCAUCGUGAAAAGGCACAUCCUAGGAUCUAAAUUGUUCUAUAAGAGAGGGAGAAGACCCAGUUAUCAAAUGCAGGAGGAGACGCUGCCGCAGGAGAGUGACCCGGAGCCCAACAGAGACAGCCCACUCGGGCUCUGCCAAGCCGAGUGCGUGGAAAUGAGCGAAGUGUUCGAUGAGGCGAGUGACCAGGAUACCACUGACAAACCAUGGCGCCCGUACUACAACUACAAACCCAAAAAGAAAUCCAGACAGCUGAGAAAAAUGAGGAAGGUCCACUGGAGGAAAGAGCAUGGAAAUAGGAGCCCAAGCAAUAAGUGUAGAUACCCAGCAGAACUGGAUUGUGCUGUGGGGAAGGCUCCACCGGAGAAGGCCUUCGAGGAAGAAGAAAAUAAAGAGAUGCCCAAGCUGCAGUGUGAACUCUGUGACGGAGACAAAGCCUCAGGGGCCGGGAACCCGGGGAGGCCCCACCGGCAUCUCACGUCUAGGCCUUAUGCCUGCGAGCUCUGUGCCAAGCAGUUCCAGAGCCCCUCCACGCUCAAAAUGCACAUGAGAUGUCACACCGGGGAAAAGCCGUACCCAUGCAAGACCUGCGGGCGGUGCUUUUCCGUGCAAGGAAACUUGCAGAAACACGAGCGCAUCCACCUGGGCCUGAAAGAGUUCAUCUGCCAGUACUGCAACAAGGCCUUCACCUUGAAUGAGACCCUCAAGAUCCACGAAAGAAUCCAUACCGGAGAAAAGCGUUACCACUGUCAGUUCUGCUUUCAGAGUUUUUUGUAUCUCUCCACAAAGAGAAAUCAUGAGCAGAGGCAUAUUCGAGAGCACAACGGGAAGGGCUAUGCCUGCUUCCAGUGCCCUAAAAUUUGCAAAACAGCUGCUGCCCUUGGAAUGCACCAGAAGAAGCACUUAUUCAAAAGCCCAAGUCAGCAGGAUAAAAUAGGUGACACGUGCCACGAACACUCAGAUCCCUUGGAGAAUCAACACUUCAUUGGCUCAGAAGACAGUGACCAAAAGGAUCAUGUACAAACCAGUGCUGGAAAUAUCCUUUGAGGGGCAAUAGUUAGAAAAAUCUUCAGAAAUAGAAGUAGGUUUAUUUUUUUUUUAAGUUUCUUUUUAAGUUUUGUUUUGUUCGCCUAACAGUCUUGAAGGAGUGAAAAAAAAUCUCAUCAGUGAAAAUUCCAGAAAAAGGACCCUCAUAUGUACUUUGGGUUUUUAGCAUUAAUUUUAUGCAAUGUGCACAAAAACAAAAUAGCUGAAUUCUCCCAUAUUUCAAGAAUCUUGUGAAAGUUAAUGAAGUUCUUAGCUGUGGUAUUUCUACCAGUGAGAAAAGGAGUUUAAUUUUAGCCUAAUUUAAAACUUUCUAGUAAAUGCUAGUAGAAACUGGCUGCUGAGCUGUCUUUAGUCACUGGAGAAAAUAAGGGUCAGCUGUCCUGAAGAUAUAGCCUCUUCAUAAAUAUGUUAAAUGGUAAAUGAACUAUGUCAGUCUUUAUUCCCAUCUGGCUUCUGCACUAUUAAAAUGUGUUUAAAUUCCUGGAUACAUAUGAAAUACUUAACAAUGUGACUGAAAAUAUGUGUGUGAUGAGUAGUCUACAGUAGGAUAUUCAUACAUUAUCUAGAACUACUUUUCUGCAACACAAACCUUGUAAAAUACAUGUAUAAACCGCUAUAACUUUUAACUGUCUGUGUCUCCUGUAGAGAAUUAUGAUGAGCAAUAGAUCUGCAAGUAACUAGGACUGAUACAAAAAUCAGUAGAAAGCAUUUUGAGCCUGACUUAAGAGCAUGUGAAUGCUUUUCGGUGGAAUGCUGUUCUUUUGACGUUAUGUCUGAGCUGUUAUUAGAACUGGUCUUCUCAAGUCACAGAAAAACACAGGUCAUGCCUUACCUGUGGAGGAGAGCCCUCCCAGAAUUUACCUGUGAUUACCUGUGCUGCAUUGUACUUUGCAGUGGCCUCGCCUCAGAGAAUGAAGAGGCUCAAACUCUUCUGAAACUCUCUGCGGUCUUCCGGCUGUCACAAGGCCAUGGAUGUGGGGGUCUAUUCCGGACAGACUUUUUUAAGCCUUCAGGUAAAACCUGACACCUCCCGUUCCACUGAAUGUCCAAGAAAUUGAGUGUUAAGGCACACGUGUGCUAGUGAACUUGCUCGUGAAAUUGAAAGCCCAGUCCCUACUAUUUUGAGCCUUCUUGGAGAUUAUGCAGCCCACAAGUACAGAAUAGUAUGAAACAAAGCAGAACCCCACCCGUUAGUGACUUGAGUGGACACGAGGAAGUGAUGACUUUCCUUGCCUAAAAGAGUAACUUUGUCUUUGGGGGGUGGGGAGUGACAAGAUUCCAUCCCUUACUUACAUGACUCAAAUAUAUCCACAAAGCUAGAUCUUUUGUCUUUAUAUUUGCAGACAUCUAGACCCCUUGCUAAAAACCCACUGAAGUUUUUUAAGGCUCUUUUAUACUGACCCACACCAUCAGCAUUGCCUGCAAAUCUAGUUGCUCUGCAGGAUAUUCCGUCACGUGGACUAGGUUCCUGGAAAGCUGGAACUCAUGAUUCUUACUUCUUCAACUGCCAGAAUAGAAGGGAGAGAGAAACGUCUACCCUUUGGUCACCAGACUCCGGAACCCAAUUUUAGAGUGACCUGCAGCCAUUCAUGUUCAUUGGAACAGAUGGAAACCAAGGUUAUCCCAGGUUGGAAGGCUGUCAUUAUGAAGAAGUAGCUCCGAGAAUUUCCGUUUCUCUCUACAAGUGUUGUGGUGUCCUGAUGAUGAAGACUUAGUAUGGAUUUGGGUGGGCAAGAAAGCACUUAAACACCCAGGAAAGGACACAACUAAAGUUGAUCUUUUUCUACUGUAGUUCUUUGCUGUUAAGUAGCCCCAAUAUUGUAUCUGCAUUUAUCUUUUGUUCAUCUACUUUCACUUACAUGCAGUAUUAUAUAGUAGAAGAAAAUGCAAGCAAAUUCAACUUUAUUUUCUACAUUGUAUAUAUGUAUACCCUACACUAUCCGUUUUGGGUUUUGUUAAACAGUCACAAAGGGCUUAUGAAAAUCAUUUUUGAAUUAAUUAGAAUAUCGAAUAAGCAAUCCUGUGAUUCACUAAUUUGUUUUAUCAGGUAGGAGUAUGAACCAAGGAGAAUUACUGUGUAUUCUAGUCAUUUUGAUUUGAGUUAACUCCAAAUAUAAAAUUCUUACCUGUGGUGAUGUCCCCCAGCCCUUACAUGUGGAUAUUUUUUAAGUGGACUUGUAUGCUGAUAAUUCUAGACCAAAGUAAAUAUGGCAGAAUAUUUAUACAUGAAAAAUAAUUUUGCAAAUAUUUUCUAUAAUUGUAUUAUUCAUUUAAAAUGUUGAUAGCUUGUGUUAGUUUCAGGGAGGGGUGUAUAUUUUGAUAAAAAAAUACUUGACUUUGUAAUUCUGUAUAUUCUAUACAAUUUAUAGCAGAGCCGUUUUAAGACAGCCUUGUCACAUUUUAUUGUUAAUUGUGAAAAUUUUAUUAUGAGUGAUGUUUAAGUAUGCAUUGAGUACAUAAUGACCAACUAGAAUUAAAGUAAGUGUAAACAGUGAACAUACUGUAUGCUGUACAAGAUAUAUUGUAAUUUGCUGUUUUAGCAUCUGUAUUUUGGUUAGAAGAUAUUAUUAAAUGCAGAUGUUAAGGACUGGAAAAGUCUAAUUUUAUUUUCAGAAAUAAUGGAUAUAAAUUUGGUUUUGCUUGAUUAAAAUAGCUUAUUCCUACAUUAA